GAAGAUAGGGCUAAAGGCUCACAAGAGGCUGUUUCCUGUGCUGUUCGCAAUGGUUUCUUUACAUUCAUUUCAUUUUGGGUUAGAAUUACGCCACAAUGCAACCAGCAAGAAGAUUUCUAUGCGUCAAGGCAUUUGCCAGCUACCUGCAUGUGUUUUGCUUACUUUCUUUUUCUGGAGCCUUACGGAUGGAGGAAAGGUCUUGGUAAUACCCAAUGAUGGCAGUGCCUGGCUCAGUAUCCAUCCAGUUAUGGAACACCUUCAGCAGAGAGGACACCAAGUAGUUGUCAUUGCUCCUGAGACAAACUUAUGGAUAAAGUCAUCUGUACAUUAUACAAUGAAAACAUUUGCCGUGCCCUACUCAAAGGAAUACUUGAAAGAAGAAUUCCAAAAGCUUGGUCACAAGAUUUUUGCACGCCAGCCUUUCCUGGAAAGAAUGACUGGGACAUUUUCAAGAAUAAGAAAUAUUACAAUGCUUCUAUAUAAUAAUUGCAAGCAGCUUUUAAACAACAAAGAGCUGGUUUCUUACCUUAAAGAAACCAAAUUCAACGUUGUAUUUAUGGAUCCAGUGUUUCCAUGUGGGCAGAUCUUGGCUGAGUAUUUAUCUCUUCCUUCUAUUUACUACUUGCGGGGAAUUCCAUGUGGUUUAGACUUUAUGGCAACACAGUGUCCAAACCCACAUUCUUAUGUCCCAAAAUUUUUCUCGGGCAAUACAGAUCACAUGAACUUUAACCAGAGAGUGAAGAAUUUUUUAAUCAGCUCACUGGAAUCCGUGAUAUGCUAUUUUCUUUAUUCACCCUAUAGAACACUGAACAAGGAAUUCCUGCACCAAGAUAUGUCAGUAACAGACCUUUAUAGUCAUGCAUCAAUUUGGCUUCUGCGCUAUGACUUUGUUUUUGAAUAUCCCAGGCCUAUCAUGCCCAACAUGGUCUUCAUUGGGGGUAUAAACUGUGCAAAGGAAAAUCCACUGACUCAGGAAUUUGAAGCCAUGGUAAACAAUUCUGGCGAACAUGGCAUUGUAGUGUUUUCCUUGGGUUCAAUGGUUUCUGAAAUUCCAAUGAAAAAAGCUAUGGAAAUAGCUGAAGCGUUUGGAACAAUACCUCAGACGGUGCUAUGGAGAUAUACAGGAGAAACACCCCCAAAUCUUCCAAAGAACACAAAGCUUGUGAAGUGGCUACCACAAAAUGAUCUGCUUGCUCAUCCAAAAGCCAGAGCCUUUAUCACUCAUGCUGGCUCCCAUGGGGUCUAUGAGGGGAUCUGCAAUGCAGUACCAAUGGUGUUGAUGCCACUUUUUGGAGAUCAAAUGGACAAUGCAAAGCGGAUGGAAUCUCGAGGAGCAGGAGUGACUCUGAAUGUAGUUGAAAUGACUUCCAAGGAUUUAUCUGAGGCACUGAAGGCUGUUAUUUAUGAUAAAAAGUAUAAAGAGAACAUCCAGCGUCUCUCAGCUCUCCACCUGGACAGGCCCAUUGAACCUCUUGAUCUUGCGGUGCAUUGGGUGGAGUUUGUGAUGAAGCACAAGGGGGCUCCCCACUUGAGGCCAGUAGCACAUGACCUCAACUGGAUCCAGUAUCACUCUAUUGACGUCAUGGCCUUCCUCCUGGCUGUUGUACUCCUUGCCCUAUUUAUCUCACUGAAGUGCUGCCUGUUUUGCUUUAGAAAGUGUUUUUGUAAAAGUGGAAGGAUGAGCAAGAAAAGCAAAUCAAAAUCACAUUGAAAUGGGGUGGGGCAUGUAAGAUGAAGAGGAAUAGAAGAAAUUGGGUCCUGCUCUUGAUGUCCUCCAGAGGUUUUGGAUUACAACUCCUAUCAGACCUAGCUAGCAUGGUCAGAGAUGACAGGAGCUGUGGUACAAAAUAGCUGGAGGGCACUAUGUUGUCUACCGCUGUCUAAAAGCAUCCUUCCUCAAUCUCAGUUCCAAUUUGCAGGCGCUCUUAAAAACACAUACGUGAUGAUUUGCAAGGUCACUUCCAUGCCUAUAUAUGCAUUCAAACUAUUUUAGUCAAGGAACAAGCAAUUUGAUAGCCAAGGGACCUGUGAACUUCCAUACAGAUCCCACAGUUCUGUAGUCAAUUGAUCUGUUGGGGAAUCAAUUGUUUGCAUAACUUAUCUUGUUGUUGUUGUUUUUAAAUCAUUUUCAUUAAUUUUCCAAUACAAAAGCCAAUUAACACAUAAUCAUAAUAAUCCAAUUAAAAACAAUAAACAAAAAAAGACCAAAUUGCAGUCCAAAUUGUUAAUUAUUUAUUUUUUCCAGGCUUCCCAUAGUCUGGACCUAUUGAAGUGUAUCUCCAAUGUCUCGUUCUUGUUGUUCCCCUAUUUUCCACAUUCCAAUUUUAAUACUUUAAAGUUUUCCGUCCCUGGCUAUGCAAUUCUCAAUCAUGUCCAAAAUCAUAUGUCAUUGCAUCCAUCAAGUAUAGCUUUAUUUCUAAAUAUAUAUUUUUCCAACUGUCUAUUUAGCAGCACAGCUUUUCCUGACUUCAUUCCAAUCUUCCGAUCCAGGCUGUUAUCCAAGUCUUCAUUUAGAGUUUAAUGACGCAGCAACUCCCAUGUUUUUAAGUUGUUAGGUUACUCCCAUCCGGGCUGUUGUCCAAGUCUGUCAUUUGAUAUUAGGCAUACUGUUUGCAUAUUGCAAUGUAAAUGAACUGUAUUCCACAGAUAUAAGUCAUUUGAUGAUCGAUCAGCUUUCAGAGACCACACAAUCCCCCCUCCUGGACCCUAGGAGGGAAGCUGCUAGACAUCUAUUUAGCCUUCUGUCUCGCACUUAAUGAAGACAUUCUGCAAACAGGUGGACCGUAUGUUGUCCCAAAUCAUUAAAAAACCAAUUGUAAGUAUUGAGAAGCAAAAAAAGAACAUACCAAUCCCUCCAUAAUCCAAACGCCAUGAUGAGAAUCUCUUUGAAGUCCGAGCUUUGAAAUCCAAGCCAGGAACUGUACAAAUCUGCAGGUUUUUUCUCAAUCUUCUUUAGUCCAGACUAUGUCUGUUUAUUGUCCAAAUCUGAUUAUUUUAUCAAACAGAUAUUUCCGGCUAUGAGAGUGCCUUCGGAGAGUCCCGGCCGUGUCAUGCUCUGGGACCCAGUGUCCUGCUGCUUGCACCUCGAUGCAAGCUGACAAUCUCGGACAAUCUGCAGGUCUACAAGACAGUCCUCCCCCACCCUGGGGAGUCUGACAGGGCUAAUUACUCCCAUAUCAACCCUGAAUUACUGGCAUGGCUGGGGUCCGAUCAUAUGGGAAUUAGCCAUUUCUCACCGCCAGAAACAGGAAGCCUCCUGCAUAACUUAUCUUGAACUGAUGGGUCGAGACCCACAACUGGGGUCAGUGGUGUCACCAGUGUUUUGGAGGGAGGGUUGUUUUAACAGGAAGAGAGAGAUGGAAAAGUUCAGAUAGCAGAGGAAGAUAGCUGGGCUACCUUUAACAAUUGAGUAAGAGAGCGGAUUCUGACAAGUGGAGCUCAUUGCACAGGGUUGAUAAAAGCUGCUCAUGAGAAUGCCGCCUUCCAUAGGAACCCCCUGCCCCCUCCUUUCCUGGAAAGAGAAGAACAAAGUAUGGCCUUAUUAUGCAAAUAAAUAGGAGGAGGAGGACAGGAUGGGAAUAUGCAAUCAAAUUUAAAGUGGAGCCUGCUUUGCUGGUGGACCUGAAAAGGUUGGCUAUUAAUGUCCCAUGUUAGUUGGGUGUCUAAAGUCACUUCCAAAACCUAAAUGCCUUCACAGAUGACCCUCUCCCUUGGAAAUGGCAGCACAGCUGUGUUUGUUGGCUACAAGUGUUAAUUAGAACAAACUCCUGAUUCCCCUCCGACUUCUUCUUCUUGUUAUUGUUGUUGUGACAGCAUCUCCUGUAAUAUUAAGAAGACAGUGAACAUCCUUGUGAGCACCUUACUAAUACUGCCGGUCUGGUUGUCUAUAAGGGGCCCUUUUCGAAGAGUGGCAGGCGAAAAUGAUGGACUAUGCGGAAUUAGCAAGACUGACUAGCAGGAUCCAAAACCAGGGAGAGUCAAGGUUCCAAAAGGACUGGAGUAAAUAUGUGGACUAUAUGGAGAAGAACUGUAGAAGUUUAAAGACACUUACAGGACUGAAAUAAAUCCUACGAAUUGACCUCAAACAGAAGGAAUAAAGGAACUGCAAGAUAAGAAUGGACAGAAAAAACCUGUUUGGGGGGAGGGAGGGAAGUCAAAGCUCGGCAGAGCAAAGAAAUUUGAAAUAAUUGAUAAGAUGGUUAGAAGAAAAAUCUUUGUUUGUUAUGUUUAUGUUAUGUUAUGUUUGUUUAUUAUUGUUUAAAUGUGAUUAAUUGGAAAAUUCAAUAAAAUGUCUUUUAAAUAUAUAUAUAUAUAUAUAAGGGGCCCUUUUCAGAAACAUCCUGUACAUAGAAACAUAAGGCCAGUGGUCCAUUUAAUCAAGCAUCCUGUUUUCAUGGAACCGGAGGUGGCAGGAAACAAAAAAAUGACUAUUGAGGAGACAUAACAAAUAUAAUGGGAGAAGAAGUUCUGCUGUGGC